AUGCCGCAGGAAACUCUCAGCGAACGGCUCGAACGCCAUCAGGAACUGUUUAACAAGAUAGACACGCAGCAUAAUGGUAAGUUCACGCUCGAGGACUUCGAAAAAGCGCUACAUUACACAGACCAUCCUUUGAAAGACUCCCAUUUCGCAAUUUCCCAAAUCUACAAGUCGCUAGCCGGCCAGGACGCGGCCAGCGAUUGGAUCAGUUUCGAGAAGUUCAACCAGUAUCUGAUGAGUGCCGAGGCACAGCUGGCAACGGGGUUUCAGAACGUGGACCUGGAUCAUGACGGUAUAGUCACAAAGAAAGACGUGGAGUCUUAUUUGAUAAAACUCGGGUUACAACCAACACCCACAGAACUGGACGUUUUUUUCCAGAAACUCGACUCUGAAAACAGGGGAUACGUCACUUUCGAGAUGUUCAGAGACGGACUGUUGUUCAUCCCGCGGCUGGAAGGGUCGCGGAUCCGCACUGCGUUCAAGUUCCUCAACGACGAAAUGGAGAGCAUUUCUUCGGACGGAGACGUCACCGUUAGCGACGACGUGCUGAAAAGCGUGGGCUAUUUCCUCGCGGGCGGGCUUUCUGGUGUCGUGUCCAGAACGUGCACUGCUCCGUUCGACCGGGUCAAGGUGUUCCUGAUUGCCAGAACAGACCUGUCUUCCACGCUGCUGAAUAACAAACGACAAUUACAAAACCAAAUCGAGGAAAAACUGCAUCACCACGUUUCCAAAAAGAAAAUCCAGUCUCCCCUGAUCCGCGCAGCUAAAACAUUAUACAAACAGGGAGGUGUUCGGGCGUUCUAUGUUGGAAACGGGCUCAACGUCUUAAAAGUGUUCCCAGAAAGUGCCAUUAAAUUUGGCUCUUUUGAGGCUACCAAAAAGUUUUUAUGCGGUGUCGAAGGCGUGGACGACGUCUCGAAGCUGUCCAAGCUUUCUACAUACGCAGCCGGAGGAAUUGGCGGAGUGAUGGCGCAAAUCAGCGUCUAUCCUAUCGACACUCUGAAAUACCGUGUCCAGUGCGCUUCUUUGGAUUCCAAAGAAAAGGGUAACCGGCUGCUGCUCAAGACCGCCAAAGACAUGUUCCAGGAGGGCGGGCUUCGCAUCUUCUACAGAGGCCUGGGUCUCGGGGUGGGAGGAAUGUUCCCGUACGCUGCAUUGGAUUUAGGAACCUUCACGACGGUGAAGAAAUGGUACAUCAGGAAGACGGCUGAGAAACAGAACUGUCCAUUGGAGGACGUUGUCAUUCCAAACUAUCUUGUACUGACGCUGGGUGCGAUGAGUGGAACUUUCGGAGCCACCAUGGUGUAUCCGAUCAACUUGUUGCGAACGCGAUUGCAAGCCCAGGGCACUUUUGCGCAUCCAUACACAUACAAUGGCUUUUUCGAUGUUUUCAAACAAACUGUCCAGCGCGAAGGUGUUCCUGGUCUUUUCAAGGGUCUUGUUCCCAAUCUUGCCAAGGUUGCUCCGGCGGUUUCCAUCAGCUACCUGAUGUACGAGAACCUCAAGGUGCUAUUUAAGUUGGAGUAA